UGUUUGACCACACGAAGGUAAGUGAUAACUGAAAACGGCAAAUAAAUAUUUUGAUUUAAUAGUGUAUUUUUCAAUUUUUAUUACCUAUUUGCGUUUUCAAAAAGUACCCUCCGCUGUACGUUUGUGAUUACGUUUUUUUCUUUUGACACACGUUUCGUGAUUUCUAAAACUUUGUAAACCAAACGCCGGUACUUCGGUAUGAAUUCCAUUAAAACAAAUGUGCGCAACACUUAUGUUAAGGAUUAUCUUGCAAAAAAUGUAAGAAGUGACGGUCGAGGUGUAAUGGAAUUUCGUGUCUCUGCAAUAAAUCGUCAUCCAAUAAAAACUGCAGAUGGGUCAUCAGUUGUCAAAAUAGGAAAUACAUCUGUUGUUUGUGGAGUUAGAUUGGAAUUGGGUACACCUAAACCUGAAACUCCUGAUGAUGGUUAUGUAUUAGUAAAUGUUGAAUUACCGAGCUUAUGUUAUAAAAAAUUUAGACCUGGAAUACCAUGUGAUGAAGCAAUGGAAACUACAAGCUUUUUAAAUGAAGUUUGCAACAACUGUAAUCUUAUAAAUCUCAAAGACUUAUGUAUAUGUGUUGAUAAACUAGUAUGGGUGAUUUCAUUCGAUAUAUAUUGCUUAAACUAUGAUGGAUCCAUUGCCGAUGUAUGCCUUGCUGCUUUACUAUCGUCCAUUAACACCAUUCAAAUACCAGAAGUGAAUUAUGACAAAGAAACGGAAGAAAUAAAUAUUACUGCAAAUACAAAACCUCUAAAUGUAAACAAUUUUCCAUUCGCUAUAACAUUUGGAAUUUUUAAUGAAAAACUUUUAAUAGCCGAUCCUACUGAAGAAGAGGAACAGUUAAGUCUGAGUAAAAUUACCAUUGUCACUAACGGUAAAGACUUAUUUUCUAUACACAAACCAGGUGGAGAUUUUAUAAAAGACGGUCAAAUUCAAAAAUGUAUAGAAUGUGCAAUGACAAGAGCAUGUUUUCUGACUAAAUUAGUUAAUGAGUAAAUUAAAACUUUUUUUUUUAAUUAAUAUUGAUGUUCUUUUAUUCAUAAUUUUAAUAAUUAUUUUAUUAUUAAAUAGUCAUAAUAAAUAUUUACUGUCUA